GUAAAAAAAUUGUGGAAAAACUACACACACUCCCUUUUUCCUUCGACUAGUUUGGCCUAUUUACAUUAGUACUCAAACUACUUAGCAGGCAAAAUACCCUUCCUGGAUUCUACGACACUUUCAUUAAUCCCAAUGAGUGCAGCCUUUAGUCACCGUGCCAACAAACGCCGCCGCAAGCGGACGCAUCCGUUCCACCACGCCACGGCGGCGGAGGAACGCUUUCUCCAACAGGCCAUCCAAAAUUCCAAGCUCGAUCAGGGACGGGACGGAACGCUCGAAGUGCCCUGGGCACCCACCUUUUAUCCCACCGUACAAGAUUUCGAAGGCAACAUGAUUCAUUUCGUCGAAAAGAUUCGGCCUGUGGCGGAACGCUACGGGAUCUGCAAGAUCGUGCCUCCGGACGGAUGGAAUCCUCCCUGUCAGGUGGAUCGCAAUACGAGAAAGAAAUUUCAAACCAAGCGACAGUUGCUACAUCGUCUCCAAGAAGGAAUCAGUUUCGACGAUGGCGUCGACUAUACACCAAAGGAGUACCAACGCAUGGCCAGUGAACGGACCCAGGAAUGGAAGGCUCUCAACUACCCUGAUCACGAUCUACUCUCCCGGCACGCGGACGUAGUCCAGGAGGAUGCCCAGCGCGCCAAGCUCUUUCGUCCGGAAAACCUGGAGCGGGAUUACUGGGACAUUGUGGAAACCCAUACACGCCCGGUUACGGUGGACUACGGGAACGAUGUCGACACGGAAGAGUUCGGGUCGGGCUUUCCUCUUUCGCAGCGCGGACGGUCCGUGUACGGCACCAAGAAACUGGAAAAGAUGGAUCUACCGGAACCUACAUUUGGUAGCGAAGAUUACUACAAAGAAACGUGGUGGAAUCUCAAUAACAUUCCCUGCGCACCGGAUAGCGUGCUACGCCACGUCAAGGUUGGUAUCAACGGAAUCAAUGUUCCCUGGAUGUAUUACGGAUCACUAUUUACCACGUUUUGCUGGCACAACGAGGACAAUUACCUCUACAGCAUAAAUUACAAUCACCGUGGCGCCCCCAAACUGUGGUACGGCGUACCUGGACAGAGUAAACAAACUGCGGAUGGUUUGGAGAAAGUGUUCAAGAGCUUUUUGUCCAUGAAGAUGCGUGAUGUACCGGAUUUGCUCCACCACAUCACUACCAUGUUCAGUCCUAGACUCUUGCAGAAUGCGCUGGUCCCCGUCUACAAGCUUCUACAGCACGAAGGUGAAUUCAUCAUCACCUUUCCCCGGGCUUUUCAUGGGGGGUUUAGCCUAGGUCCGAACGUGGGCGAAGCGGUCAACUUUGCCACUCACGACUGGAUUGCCUACGGUUCGGAUGCGAACGAGCGGUACCGUUCCUUCGCUCGUCCGGCCGUCUUUUCACACGAUCGCCUGACCUUUACUAUGGCCAAUCAUCUACAAGAACAAAAAGCAUAUUCCACUUGCAAGCUGCUCUUGAUUGAACUGAAACGUGUGGUCGAGGAAGAGUUGCGUUUGCGGGCCAAGCUACUGGGGGAGGGUGUCCGGGAUGUGUCCAAGAUUAUAUCUUUGCCGAAGAAUCGUCUCGAUCAGUUGGACGAAAAUAGCGCCAACUACGACGACAAACGUUUGUGUCACGGCUGCAAACAUGUAUGCUUCUUCUCGGCCGUUGCCUGCGAGUGCAGUCAAUCAAAAGUGAGCUGUCUGCGACACAGUCACUACAUGUGUCGGUGUGCGACGGAGCGCAAAUACUUCAUGAUUUGGAGCGAUGACGAGGAGCUCAAAUCGACGAUGGAGCGGGUACGCAAUCACUGCGAGGUACUCAAGAUCAAGGAAGGAUGCACUGACGAAGCGUUAGCGCAGUGCAAAGAUCUUUCCGCCAGUCAAGAACCUCUUCCCACAAUGGCCCCUGGCGCUGAGCGGGACUUGGCGAUUCACAAAAACCAUGAAAUUUCAACUGCGGAGUUCUUGACCGAGACGUACCGUUUCAACCCUCCAAUGAGUGCCAGCUUCAAGGAAGAAUCAAGGUCGGUGGCGACGACUGUUGAUUCCGAUGCAUCUUCAGGUUGCAUGAUUGAUGAAGUGGCCUUUGCCGAAGCGGACGAAAACGAGAUUGAAGUUGUGGGCGUUCGCGGGGGCGUAGGUCCGACUGUCUAGUUGUCUCGAUCAGUAAAAAAUAGGUCGUGUAUAUCACGCUGGGGAC